AACUAACCAUAAAGUUAUUUGCAUAGUAAAUAAAUAAUAAAAAUUAAAAGUGAGUAUAAAAAAAUGCAAAGUUUAAGAAAUUGCUUGUCAAAGUUACUGAGGACUGAAUUUAAUUCAAAAUUGAAUACAAAAUUACUCCCAGCAGAAUUUCACAGCUCGCCAGUUAAUAAAUUGUAUUCACUUGGGGACAAUGAAUUUGAUAAAGAUGGACCCAAGAAGUGGUUAAAGUACAAUGAAAUUAUUUUGCCACCUGGAGAAGCUCGACGACCAGCUUAUAUUUGUCAUGUAAAGAAAAAUAUUAAAUACAGUCCAAAAACUAUGUGGCACAUAGCAUGUCUGGUCAGAGGAAUGUCCAUAGAUGAAGCCAUCCGGCAAUUAAGUUUUCUAUGUAAAAAAAGAAAUGUCGCAGCUAAGGAAACUUUGAUAGAAGCUCAACAACUUGCUGUUGAAAAACAUAAUCUUGAAUUCAAGAGUAAUCUAUGGGUUUCCGAAUCAUUCGUUGGAAAAGGAGUGACUGUCAAAGGAAUAAGAAGACACGCUCGUGCUCGUGCUCGUAUAGGUCGCGUAGAUUACAAACAUGUUCAUUGUUUUGUCAAAUUGGAGGAAGGUAAGCCUCCAAAAAAUUAUUAUUUACCAGAGCCUCAAACUAAAGAAUUCUUGUUAGAAAAUUGGCUCGAUCAAAUGCGCCAUCGUAAAAUAACUAAUAAUUUAUAAAUAUGUUUAUUAUUUUUAAUUUAAUAUUUGAGUAA